CCGUUCCUUUUUAGGCGUUAUAAAUACUCUCUCUUCUCAUUUACAUGAAAAAUAUUAGACUGCUUGAGCCAGGAAAUACAUAUCAAGAAUAGUUGGAUAUAAAAAAACUGGUUAGUUGCUCUUGAUAGGCAUAUAUAUAUAUAUAGAUAGAUAGUAUAAUUAAUGAGAUAUGGAUUCAAGUUAUGUAGUAGACACGUCUCUCAGCAUCAAUCUCAAUGUUAACCCACUUCCACUACACGAGGACAAGACUCAUUCUUUUCCCAGUUUGAAGCACACGGGAGGGUUUGAUGGAGAUUUUGUUCAUUUUGACACCAAAUUACCUAUGAAACAAGAGGUUGGUGUGAUGGUUGAAGAGCUAAAAAGGGUCAGCACUGAGAAUAGAAAGUUAACUGAAAUGUUAACAGACAUUUGCGACAAGUACAAUGGUCUACGAAGCUGCUUAAUGGAAUAUUACACUAGCAACAAUAAUAAUAAUCUUGGGAAGAGAAAUGUUGAAGAUGACAGUUUUGGCCAUACCAUCAAAGUUAACGGAGAUAGUGAUGAAUGUUCAUGCAAGAAGCCAAACAAAAGCAACAUUACAACUGUUUCGCGAGUUUGUGUAAAGACAGAUGCAUCUGAUAGAAGCCUAUUGCUAAAGGAUGGAUAUCAAUGGAGAAAGUAUGGACAAAAGGUUACUAGAGAUAACCCAUCUCCUAGAGCUUACUACAAGUGCUCUUUUGCUCCAAGCUGUCCUGUUAAGAAAAAGGUGCAAAGAAAUGCAGAAAAUCCAUCUGUUUUAGUAGCCACCUAUGAAGGAGAGCACAAUCAUCUUCACCCUUUGCAAACUGAGUUGACGUUGAGCAUGAAAGAAGUUAUAAAUCCUGGUUGCAGUUCAACCUCAGUCAUCUCUUCAAGCCCCACAUCCAUUCUUGAUUGUAUUGAACUGGAUUGUGCAAUACUGAAGAACAAGUCCGUCCUAGAUAAAGACAAACCAAUCACUACAACUGGUUGUGCUCGACCAAAUGGCUUCAACUUCUUUGACAAUUGGGAGAAUCGAUUUUGAUGUAGUAAUUUUUUUUUUCUUGGUUUUUUGUGGGUUUAUGUGUUGUAUUUUACCCUUGACAAAUAUUUGUUUAGAUAUUUUGUUAUUCUGUUAAAUACGAAUGUGUGUAUUGUCAUUAAAAAA